CCAGUCGUAGUACUCAACCUGAGGUAGAGUUCUUUCUACGUACGAGUACUUGCAGUGAGUGGCGUCACGCGGCGCGCCAGUCACCGUUCAAACGUCCAUCCGUACGAGCGUGCUGCGCGCGCGCACAAACACCGAAUUCGAAUUUCUAAUCGUGACGCAAAAGUGUUGUGACUUGUGCUAAUUCGUGACAGUGUAUCGAUACCAUCUAUGAUUCGAAUAAAGAAUUAGGAUCUACAAAAUGAGGUGAAGUGAUGGAUAUGUGAUUAUAAUACUGUUAUGGAAAACGUUUACAUUUUUAUGUAAAGUCACGAUGAGUAGCGGUGUGCGAUGAGGUGCGCGGCGCUGGUGGCGGUCGCGGUGCUGCUGGCGGCGCAGGCGGCGCACGCGCAGCUGCGGCCCGCCGACGCGCCCCCCGCCAUCAACGACACACGCUGUGGUGCAGAAUGUGUGCGGUGCGCGGCUGACGGCUGCGUGAAAUGUGCGCGCCUCCUGGUGUGGCCGGGGGGCAGCUGCGCGCACGCAUGCCCCGCCGGCAGCCGCGAGGCCUGGGCACACGACGACCAUCUCAUGGGCCGAGUGUGCUAUCCGGCACAGACUUAUAAUGAGGUGAUAGUGGGCGGUGCGUGCGGCGUGGCGGCUUGCAUCGCUCUGGUAGUAGCGGGAGCGGCGUACGCGCGGUGUCGCAGCAAGGCGCGCGCGCAGCCACAGCCGCUGCCGCAACGAACCCAUCACGACGACGACACGCGACUUCGAGAGUUCCACAAACAAUUAGAUUGUUUAAGACCACACGCGUACACCUUGCUGGCGAUUCUGAAUCACACGCGGCACCAGGUUCGAGAGCUCUACCAGCUUGGCAACAACGAUGCUGCAAUAGCGUACAGUUGCAUCCUGAGUGAUCUGGCCAAGUUGCUCAUACUGUUGAACAAGCAGCAAGUACCUGUGGUGCCGGACGAAUGGCCCCGACUCGCCAGUUGGGCUGAACGAAUAUUGAAAAGAUAUAGCCGUACGGGUGUCGGUACACAGCAAGAUGGACAGCUAGUUAAUAUCCUGCCCGCCCCACCGAGCCAGGGCUCCGACUCAGAGGCGACUCAGCAAUCCUUCUCAACCUUCAAACCUCCUUCGUAUUCCCCCACGUCGUAUGACAGCAAUAUAAUUGACAAGGAGAUGGAGUGCGAGUGGAGUGACGCGGGCCGGCCGCCGAGCUACUCCCAAGUAGAGCGAGAAAGAGAGACCAUCGUCCUCUCUGACCCCUGGGAGCGAAGACCCAUCGUCAGAAGAGAAAGCGUCUGGCUUGAAGACGAGUUCUUCGAGAUGACGAGGCGGCCCCAGGACGAACUAACCACUGAACUUUAAUAUAAUAUUAACAUAAGCAUUUGGUUCACCAUUCCAAGUCUGAGAAGUACAAAAUACAAGAUUACUAACAUUAGUUUAAUACUUUGUAAGUUUUGUAGUGGUGCUUCGACCUUGUAUAUACAAUCCUAAUGUUUACCUGCUCUAUCUUUUCUAUUAUUGUUAAGAUUUGUUUUAUGUUCAGUGUGUUAAAAAAAAUGUCUUCGCACUAAAUAACCAGGUAGUAACUACCCUACGGCACCCUCGACUUCUAUCGUGUAAAAAUUAAAAUGUAUAAAAACUAAGCACUCUCCAAUCACGAUAUAUCUCCCUACUAAAUAUAAUAAACAGUUAAGCAAUUAUAUUAUGCUUUAAAUAGAUUAUGCAAAAUUAACAUUAUUUUUAGACAAUUUAAAACCAAAGUAGAAUGUAGGUAUAAUAGUAUCUAGUCUAAUAACAAAAUUUGUCUAGAAAUUAAAGAUGUAGAUGUUUGUAAACAAAAUCUGUAUCGUAGAACCACAUCACUAGGUAUAAUUAUUGAAAUAAAUAAAUGUAUUUAAUGGAUUUAAUAAAUGAAAUCAAACGAUCGAAUAACCGUAGAAAACUGUACCAGUAAAUAAGUAAUACGAUAUCUGAGGCCUACACUGCAGCACGUUUUAAAAUAAUAUUGUUGUGGUUGUGGAAGAAAGAGACCACUCCACGCCGAGUAGCAUGCUGUCACGCUUCCACAACUGCACUCUUAUUCAUUACUAUAGCAGUUGGCAGUAGGCCCCCAGAAUUAAUAUCGCUGUGUAUAUGAUGUAAAAAAACCAUUAUAAUUUAAUAAUAAAAUAGUAAUAACUGCCUUAUUUUUUAAUAUAAGUAAACAACGAAAAUACCUAUCUGUUACAAUACUUAGAAUAUUUUUUAUGAUUGUUAAAUUAAUAAAGAUGAAUAUAUUCUGGUUCA